AUGGGGCGAGAGCCGGGGGAAGAGGUGGUUGAGAUGAGCCGAGACCAGAUGAGCAGGAGGAUGGAGGUGACCCUGAUCAGCCAUGCCCGGACAAGGAGGAAGAGGAACCCGAUCCUGACGACAGGGGUCUCUUCCAGAGGCAGAGUGGAUUACCUGGGGUCAAAACUCAAAGGGGCUGCGAAACGAUGGUACAUAAGCAUGUACAAGACCAGGAGCCCUGAGCUGGACACAGUGGCCAAGUUCCUCCAGGCCCUGUUAAACCAAUAUAAGGACCCCCUGCAAGAAACCAGGGCCCUCACUGCCCUGCGAGACCUACAGCAGGGAUCCAAAUCCGUGUGGGAAUACACUGCCAAAUUCCGAGCUAACACGGCCAAAAUCCGCUGCUUGACUCUGGCUGAUGGGAAGGUAGACUUGGAAGCGUUUAAAAGAGGUGUGAAAGCCAUGAUGAAAGCUGAAAAAAGGGUGGCUGUCAGCAAGCUGCAGUAUGUCCUGGCUGAUCUAGGAAUCCAUUUAACCCAGGAAGAGUUGCAGCAAGCUCUCCAGCUGGCAAUGGUUAACGAGGAUGGGACAGUGAACUUGAAAGACUUCUUAUGGGCUGCCCAAGCCAUUCCCAGCAUUCAGAACAAGAAGGUGAAGAUCGGCGACCUCAACUCUGCCCUGGAUGCUCUGGGGAUUUAUCUAACUCAUGAGGAGCUUCAGGAGGCUCUCAAGCUGACCAAACUGAAUGAGGAUGGGACAGUGAAUCUGAAUGAACUCAUAAGGGCAUGCAAUGCUACCUUAACCCUUCCCAGCACUCGGACAAGAUAUCUGAGCCAAAGGCCAGAUGCAAAAAUGUUGAAAUUGCCCAAGGUGACUGACAAGAAUCAUCCCAGAACUCUAGACAGUGUUUUAUCCUCCUCAAUAUCUGAUUAUGAGAAGACCAAGUUCAAAGCAACAAGGACCCUCACUAAUGCACAACUGGAAGCCUUCCACGCAGCUUAUGAUGCCUUCUGCAAGGAUCUCGAUGGGAAGAUCGAUCUGGCAGCCCUGGAGGCCACCGCCAACAACCUGGGGAUCAGCUUAACAGAGGAAGAAGCCUUUGAGGAGCUGGUCUGCGCUGACAUGGACGGAGAUGGAAAAGUGAAUUUUACCGAUUUCCUUAACGUCGUGACAAACAGCAAGCGCUUUGUCCAAGCAGUAGCCCCUAAGAAAGGCAGCAUGGAAACAGUGGAUGCCCGAGGGAUCUUGUUCUUUGAGCUUGUGUCAAAGCUGGUGGAAACAUCUGCAUUGCCAAAGAAAACCGUCAUGGCUAUUGUCAGUUAUUACAGGCAGAAGUUCCUGGAAUCUACUGGCAAGAAAGCCUGGCAUGACGAUGAGAAAAGACACCACUGGGGCAAGAAAGGAAGCCACGCGCCGAAAAAGGAAUCAAGCUCCUUGGCCGCCUUUGCUGGUGCUGGCCGAAUCGUUGUCAUGAAAGACAAAGAGCUGGAAACCUUUGUGAAAAACCUCCAAGAGAAUGCUUCCCCUUCGGACAGCCCCUAUGCUAAGAUCCCCGUCUUCCCAUUGAUCCCCAACCGGGAUUGCGUGAUGGCAGGAAAACCAAAGAAGGAUCUCCACAGACUGGAAGCCCAGAGGAGGAUGGAGCCUGUCUCGUCUUUCGAGAACCAUUUCUUCCACAAGAGGAAGUGGCUGCCAGAGAGCAAAUUCUCCAGGUCAGCCAGGCCCUCCCUCAUCCUCUCUCCGGAACUAACUUCCAGGAGUCGCCGUUUGACGAUAAACAACCUUGAUGAAAUCCGCAGAGAAGUGAAGAAAACAACAGAGAACUACCGGAAGGGCCUUGCUAUGCGGGAACGCAACAAGUCACUGAAGCUGUGGCGGAGACUGCGAGGCGGGGAGAUUGGCCUGGAAACAGGGAAUCCCAGUUUCUAUCAGACUUUCUCCACCUACUCGUGGUCGUGGAACGUCUGCCAGGAGUUGCUGACUCCUCAAGAACUCCAGAAGUAUGACAACCGACUGUACCACAGCCUCUCCCGAUCGGGCAGCCCUGCGGACAAGCUGAUCAAAGCUGACAGGAAGCAAACAGGAAGUAAGGCGUAACCCCAUCUGUGGUUGGCAUUGGCAUUCUUCACUUUAAUUCAAGGGCGUUCUGCAGAAUAGUCUUGGGCU